CUGGCAUCUGUAAUGGAACAGAAAUGCGAAAUCGUCCAAAAGCUAUCCAACCUCAAAAAGGCCGACGCCGACGCCGCCCCCUCGAGCCUGACGACCAAGAUUUUCGGGUAUCUGUUUCCUGGUAGUCCUGCGGUCAAUGCCCUGUUGGCGACGCUGUAUAUUUCCGGCCCGCCGAACUUCUUGCUGGCCCUCUGCCCGACGGAUAUUAAUCCGGAUUCGCUGCAGGUGAUGGUUGCGUUUGCGGUUGGGGGGUUGCUGGGGGAUACGCUGUUUCAUUUGCUGCCUGAGAUUUUUGUCGGGGAGGGGGAGGAGGACAGGGCGAGGUUUGUGAUGGUGGAGCCGAACAGGAACUUGCUGCUCGGGGUGGGGAUCUUGGUUGGGUUUAUGGUCUUUGUGGGGAUGGACAAGGGGUUGAGGAUUGCUACGGGGGGCAAGGGGCAUUCGCAUGAUCAUUCGCAUGGGCAUAAGCAUGGGGAGGAUGAUACCAAGGGGGUGAGUUCGGCGGUGGUGGAGGAGGAGGAGGAGAAGAAGAAGAAGGGGGAGUUGAAGAGACGGAAGGGAGGGAAGGAUGAUGGGGAGGGGGAAAAGGAAGAGGAGGAGAAGAAGGAGGUUAAUCCCAGUGUCAAAUUGGGUGGGUUGUUGAAUAUGAUGGUCGGCGAUUUCGCUCUGCUGGUCCAGUCUGGGUUCACGAAGAAGCAGGCCAUGGGCGCGCAGUUUGUUACGGCUAUUGGUGCUCUCCUCGGCACGCUCAUUGGCAUUGCGAUCCAGGAGUUUGGAGAGAAUGGAGCGAGCGGCGCUGAUGCUGUGGCCAUGGGCAUGAAGGAAGGUCUCUGGGGCACGAGCUUGACUUGGGGAGACAUGUUGCUGCCUUUCACGGCUGGAACUUUCUUGUAUGUGGGCACAGUGGCGGUCAUCCCCGAGUUGUUGGAGACUGGGAAGAACAAGGCGGUGGAGUUGAGGAAGAUGCUGGUGCAAUUUGCGGCGAUUGCUGCUGGGGCGGGCAUCAUGCUUUAUAUCUCUUGGCAUGACUAA